UCGAUGAUGUGUGUGCAUGUUUCGUGUACUGUGGGCUUAGAUGACUGAGGAUCCACACACAUAUACACACACAUUCUAUUUGUCUACGAGAGAGAGAGGGAGAACGGUCUUGCAGGAGCACACACCGCCGAUCGAUACACACAAAGGGCUGCCGCCUCUCUCUCUCUCUGUCUCUCUCUCUCUGCACACCAUUGCACCGCUAGACAGACAGACACACAGACUAGUGUACACGCUCUAGACAGACAGAUGCAAUACUUGUUUGUAUUAAGGGAUUGCCUGUGCUCCUUGCUGUGAGUGAGAACAAACUCUCCUUUCUUCUGGCAGACGGACAAGUUAUUAGCUGUACACACAUCCGUACACACACUCCACCACACAGCGGCCUCCUCCCCACACAAACAAACAAAGACUCUCACUCUAAGGCACGCCAACAAAAAUCCCCCCGAGACAAAACCAACCCCAACCCCCACCCCAAUGGGAUGGCACCCCUCCCUCGCCCAUGUGUCUGCCCAUCUCCAUCCAUGCGCCUGUCUGUCUGUCUCGUCAUUCGUUCAUGGCAUGCCCUGGAAGUUUUCGUUCUCGAAGAGGUCGCUGUCCGGGCCCUCCCCCCUGCCAUGCCUUUGCCCUUGCCCACCCUCCCCCUGCUGCAUCAUUGUGUCGAGCCGCUCCUUCAGACGCCGCCGUAUCGCACACACAGCCGACAGCUGACCUCGGCCCAUCGACACAUUGCCGGGGAUCGAGACGUCCUGCUUGUUGCUCGGUGAGGGGAUGAGCGGCACGAUCAGGGCGCCCCCGACGGUGCCGCUGCCCGUCAUGGACACGCCCACCCGCGGCGGCUCGAAGAGCACCUCAAACUCCGUGUUGGAGCGAAACCGCCGCCUGAAGUAAAAAGCGCAGCCGUCAUCUGCACACGCACACGCAUCCACACAGCCAGCCGGCAGCCAAGGGGGAGCGAUAUGGGAUGGCGGAUGUGUCCGUGGACACAUGUAUGUGUCGCUUGAUAUGAUAUGAUGUAAUGUGAGGUUUUGUUGCCGACUUGACUUACCGCACUCUGAUUGGAACCAGUAGAAGGGCAGGUCGGGCCAGGGGCCGUCGAUCGUCAAGGUGGGCGACCUGUGCACACACACACACACAGACAGACACGGAUGCACGAAUGUGCGUCCGUGUGUUGAUGCAUGUGAUGUAACCAGGCGUCCCUCCCCUCUCACCUGAGCAGGGCUUUGUGCCGGACCACUCUGGGGUCAUUCGUCACCGGCUCGAUGUCCAAGGUGGUGAAGCUACCGUCCAGCCAGAACUUCAUCAGCGACGGGAAGUCCUUGAGCGCAGUCAGGUCCACAAUCAUAGCGUUCUCCUUGCCCAGCUCCCUUAUCUCCCUCAGCAGGUCCAAAGCCGCCCUGUCCCUCUCGCCAGGAAAGGUGGGGUUCAGUGCCAUGUAAAUCAGCUUCAUCGUGUUGAUGGACGACGACCGGCCGAUGUGCAGGCACCCGAUGGCCCGCAGCCGGUGGCUGCAGAACCACCCCACACACCGCCUGUUUCUGUGCAUGGCCUCCAGCGACCCCGCCCACUGCCGCAUCCUCACAAGCACGUCCACCUCGUCACUCGUGACGGCACCGCGACCGCCAGCGCCACUGCCGUCAUCGGUAUCCGACAAGGAUGAGCCAAUGGUCAAGACCUGCAGCCACCUCUCAGUGGCGCUGAGGGCUUCCUCCUGCGAUAAGACGCGCAAUCCAUCACCACCGCCUCCGUGACGCUUCUCCGUGACGGUUGGCGGUGGCGCUGGCGGCGUUGCCACAGCUGACAGCAGAGAUGUGCGGGGCGAGGUGAGCCUCUCAUGGACAGAUGGAGAGGCGGGAAGGAUGAACGAGGUUGCCGUGGGCAGCCACACCGAUAAUAUCAUCCACGAGGGAAGCAGGUCGCCCAGGAGCAUCAUCGUCGCAGCGCAACUCGCCGGCCGACAGUAGAGAGAGAAAAGAACAGCUUUGUUUUACUUCAGAUCUGCUUCACACAAAACGCCGCACAAGCCCCUGC